AUGUGUCUUCGACUGUUAGGACAGGCUCCUACUGAUCUUGGCGGCGGCGUAAUCAGGAUUGCUUGGCUCAGGGAGACUUUCAAUCAGCUACUUCUUUCGGCAUCACCGGAGAGUAUAGAGCUGUUUGCACGAGCUUAUGCUCUGUCUUUGAUGGGAGGUGUUUUGUUCCCCGAUCGGUUUGGAGGUUCAGUUCAUCUGCAGUCGGCGCUGCAGAUGACGCAGUCUUCUUCACUAGGUGGUGACUUUGGUGGAUGGUCCACCUUGCUGAUGAUCUGGACGUGGGAGCGAUUUCUUCAUACAACACCGCUACAUAUAGAGACGGGGGCGCAGAUCACCGAGGAUGCGGUCCCACGUGGCCUUCGAUGGCUUCCGGCCCAUACCUGUAAGCAUGGUGAUCAGUUCUAUAUGUACAAGCUGUGGUUUGACGAGUGCACGACAUUCGUGAGCCCAGGACUACAGCGAUACUGUGAUCCAGUCCGACACGUUUCGAGCAGUAGUUCCGUUGGCCUGCUUCUCAUCGACGAUGUGGCAUCAUCCAAAUCGCGUGCUCGAACAGUUUGGAAUGAUGGAGGACCCGCCUCAUCAUCCACAUCCCGCAGCUGA